AUGGCACCGGCAGCGUGGCUCUUCCUCGCCACGGCGGGCUUGCUGACGGAAGCCCUCUCAGGUCACCCGUCCCCAGCCCCGCCUGGCCAGGCCAACAGCAGCCCAGCUGACCGCCGGCCCGCAGAGCCAGGGCAGCAUCUCGGGGUCCGGCUGGUGAACGGGAGCAGCCGCUGCAGCGGCAUGGUGGAGCUCUGGCGAGGAUCGUCCUGGGUGCCGGCCUGUGGGGACUUCUGGAGCCACAGCGCCACGGAGGCCGUGUGCCGGGCCCUGGACUGCGGCGGGGCGGGAGCCCCCAUGCAGCCUGCUCUGCCAGCCCCCGAGGUGCCGCCGGACCGUCCCUUCUCACCCCCAGAGAACCAGGCGCUGCGGCUGGUGUCCAGCAGCAGCCCGUGUGCCGGCCGCGUGGAGAUGCUGGAGCACGGCGAGUGGGGCUCGGUGUGUGACGACACGUGGGACCUGGAGGCCGCCCAGGUGGUGUGUCGGCAGCUGGGCUGCGGCUGGGCCGUCCAGGCCCUGCCCGGCAUGCACUUCCCGCCAGGCCAGGGCCCCAUCCACAGGGACCAGGUGAACUGCUCGGGGGCCGAGGCCCACCUCUGGGACUGCCCUGGGGUGCCAGGACAGGGCUACUGCGGCCACAAGGAGGAUGCCGGGGUCGUGUGCUCAGAGCACCAGUCCUGGCGCCUGACUGGGGGCACAGACCCCUGCCAGGGGCAGGUGGAGGUCUACUUCCGUGGGGUCUGGAACACGGUGUGCGACAGCUCGUGGUACUCACCAGAGGCCAACGUGCUCUGCCGGGCCCUGGGCUGCGGCAACAUGAUCAAACUGCCCAAAGGAGGGCCCCACUCCCUGCCGGGCAGGAUGUUCUACUCAUGCAUGGGCGGGGAGCCCGCCCUCUCGGACUGCAGCUGGCGCUUCAACAACUCCAACCUCUGCAGCCAGUCCCAGGCCGCCAGGGUCCUCUGCUCAGGUUCCUGGACUUGGCUCAACCUGUCCACUUCUGAAGGCCCGACCAGAGUUCCGGCGGUCACCGUGGAAUCUGUGACAGUGAAAGCAGAUUUGGACUCUCAGGGUGACAAGCUGCUCAUCCCCUGCAUCAUCCUGGGAGUUCUCCUCCUUGGCGCACUCCUGUCCAUAGCCAUCAUCCUCUUGAGAGUGAAGGGGAAAUACGCCCUCCCCGUUACGGUGAACCACCAGCACCUGCCCACCCCCACCCCGGCAGUGGUCAACAGCUACCAGGAGGUCCCCAACAUCAUCCCCAAAGAGGAAGAUCCCAAGCUGCCCAUCCAGGUGCAGGCCCCUCACCCCGCGGACUCGGACUCUGACUCCGACUACGAGCACUAUGACUUCAGCAGCCAGCCGCCCGUGGCCCUGACCACCUUCUACAACUCCCAGCGGCACCGGCCCACCGACGAGGAGGUUCAGCAGAGCCGGUUCCACCUGCCCGCCUUGGAGGAAGGUGAGUCCGGCUGGGGAGGCCGUCCCCCCCCCGCCAACCCUGCACUCUGCAUUGCAGACACCCUCUCCCUGGGGCCUCGGCACCAGCCAAGGAACAGCAGCGGGUCCAGCACCUCCUCCGGCGAGGGCUACUGCAAUAACCCCAGCACCAAGGUUCCCCCCUGGGACCCUCCAGUGUUUUCUUCCCAGAAGAGCCUUCUCCUGGAGCAGCCCCUGAACUUGGAGCUGGCAGGCUCCCAGGCAACUUUUUCAGCAGGGCCCUCGGCUGACGACAGCUCCAGCACCUCUUCCGGGGAGUGGUACCAGAACUACCAGCCGCCGCCCCAGCCCCCCUCCGAGGAGGAGCCAUUUGGGUGUCCAGGGUCCCCCAGCCCCCAGCCCGAGUCUACCGACGAGGACUACGAUGACAUCGGAGCCGCCUAACCUGCAUCCAGCCGGCUGCCGGUGGCUGCCACCCCGGGCUCCUGCUCUCGCUACUGCCCCUGCCCACUCCUCGCCCCAGCCGGGCCCUGAAGGAGCUGAGAGGCCUCGCUGGAGAGCUGGAAGGAAACGCCAUCCCUCAAACAGAGCCUGCUGGCCCAGCUCCCCCAGCCCCAAGUAGCAGCCCCACUG